AUGGCCCAGCCAAAUGUCGUACCCGAAGAGGACUACGACUAUGAAGCCCUCCCACCCAACUUCUCGUUGUUGCAGAACAUGGCUGCCGGCGCCUUUGCCGGCAUCGCCGAGCACUGCGCAAUGUACCCUAUCGAUGCAGUGAAGACCCGAAUGCAGAUAGUCAACCCAAGCGCCGGCUCGGUCUACAGUGGAGUCUUCCAGAGCACUUACAAGAUGGCGAGCACAGAAGGUAUUCUGAGCUUGUGGCGGGGCAUGUCCAGCGUAAUUGUCGGUGCCGGCCCCGCGCACGCUGUUUACUUCGCCACAUAUGAAGCUGUAAAACAUGUCAUGGGCGGGAACCAGGCUGGCGUCCAUCAUCCACUUGCUGCUGCGACCAGUGGGGCGUGCGCCACGAUUGCUAGCGAUGCGCUAAUGAACCCCUUUGACGUCAUCAAGCAAAGAAUGCAGAUCGCCGAGUCGGCCAAGCUCUACCGCUCCAUGACCGAUUGCGCCAAGUAUGUUUACAAGAACGAGGGCAUCAAGGCCUUCUAUGUCUCGUACCCCACGACGCUUUCCAUGACGGUUCCCUUUACGGCGCUUCAGUUUCUCGCGUACGAAUCGAUCUCGACCUCGAUGAACCCGACAAAGGCAUAUGACCCAUUCACUCACUGUGUGGCUGGUGCGGUUGCGGGUGGUUUUGCGGCGGCCUUGACCACGCCCAUGGACGUGAUCAAGACCAUGCUCCAGACACGUGGCAGCGCACACGACGCUGAACUCAGAACCGUCAAUGGCUUCAUGGCUGGUUGCCGCCUUUUGUUCAAACGCGAGGGUGCCAAGGGCUUCUUCAAGGGCGUCCAACCAAGAGUGUUGACGACCAUGCCGAGCACCGCUAUCUGCUGGUCAGCCUACGAGGCUUCCAAAGCCUACUUCAUCCGUCAGAACGACUCGGCCUCCGAGUCCUCCACAUGA